AAAAGAUAAACAUAUACUUUAUGACCAUACACUGUAUCUUAUAUGAGUUGGUCAUAGAAGAAAAUAACAUAGAAGUCAAGGAAAAUACUAUUGAAUUGAUUUUAAAAUCUAGAUUCAGGUUUUAAAAUUGAUCUGUUGUAAUAGUGGAUUGUCAUCAUGAAUGUGAAAGGGUAUGCAGUAGAACUUUUACUCAAUUUGUCUAUAUUGAAAUGUUUGGUUUUUGCUCUUUUUUUAGUGAGAGAAGACGCUAUAAGGAGGUCCUCUAGAUUUGUGGGGAACGACACAGUACAUAUUGGAAUACAGACUGGCAAGUCUCAACAGGUUGAUGUUACUGUUCAUAACCCAUAUCAGCCCGAUGCAUUGGUAGCUAAGGAUGAUCAGCAACAGAGUUCAGAAAUAAGAAUGAAUAUCACGGAUGACCGCGGUCAAGUGACUGUUACAACUGCAGAAAUUUCCCAUAAUUCCACUGCAGGAGACGGCUCCGAAGCAGAGAUAGUGCUUCAUGUCAAAACAUCUUACCCAAAAAAUGAGAAAGAGGCUAAGCCCCAAAUAGUUGAAAAAAGUGAAGCAACUCUAAGUACUGAAUCACACUUUGAAAAUUCAGACGUUACUAAGUCUGAUCUUGACACUAAGGUUGAUGUCAAUGAUUCAAGUUGUUCUUCAAAACUUUCAUCUACCCAAAAUCCUUCAGAAGUCAGACCCACGUCUGCUCAGGUUCACAGGAGAGCUCACUCUACAGGAAGUGUGAGGAAGAAUUUGAAGAAACAGGACUUUGGGUCUAUUUCCAGAAAAUGGAGAUUGAAGUCCUUAUCCAGUAGAAAAACUAGUGAAAGUGAUUCCACUGAGUCCUCUACACAACUUAGUCUAGAUCAGCCAGAAAGCUUGAAUAUAUUAGAGAAUAACAAGCCUCCAGUUGAUAUUGAUGAAAGUUCAGAUCCUGAAAAUCUGACACAGUCUGGGUGUUUUUUGAAGCUUCUAGGGAAAAAAAUAAAUACAUACAGAUUCAGAUUGAAAAAGAAAAGCAGCUUGCAUCUAAAUCAGACUCCAGUUUAGGUGAUAGGUUGAAUUGCCCAGAUGUAGUGUCCUGUGCCUUAGAAGCAGAAAGGAAAAGUAAGGAGAAUUUAGAAAAUGUAGGUCAAGGUCAAACAAAUGUUAAGGUUGGU